CAACUCCCUUGGCACACUCGAUUGAAGCCCCUCGCAUGCGAAUUUUCCCUAGGUCAGCCCACUGCAGCCAAUAAAAACCCAACCAUUUUGCUCAAGUCGACGCUCGCAGCCUUGCUUCCCAACAGUCUUUCUCCGCGCUUCUCCCUCCGCGCUUCUCCCUCCGCAUCUGAAGCGUCAGCUGCAUUUUCAGGGAGAGUGACAAUGGCUGAUCAGGUCCAACAUCCCACAGUGAUGCAGAAGGUUGCUGGCCAGUACAAGGACGUUCAGAGGUAUGAUGGAGCUUUCCAGAUGCCUGCCUUGUACCAAAGGCGUGCAUAUGGAAACUACUCCAAUGCAGCCUUCCAGUACUGCGGAUCAUCUUCUGCAUCGGCCAUUGUACCAUCAAGUGGAUCUCCUGUUUUUGUUCAAGCCCCAUCUGAGAAAGGGUUGGCGGGUUUUGCUAUUGAUUUUCUCAUGGGAGGAGUCUCUGCAGCAGUUUCUAAAACUGCUGCGGCACCUAUUGAGCGUGUGAAGCUUUUGAUCCAAAAUCAGGAUGAGAUGAUCAAGACUGGCAGACUUUCUGAGCCCUACAAGGGUAUUGGUGACUGUUUUAAGAGGACAAUGGCUGAUGAAGGCGUUGUUGCAUUGUGGCGGGGUAACACAGCUAAUGUCAUCCGUUAUUUCCCCACCCAGGCUUUGAACUUUGCCUUCAAGGAUUACUUCAAGAGGCUGUUCAACUUUAAGAAGGAUAGGGAUGGGUACUGGAAGUGGUUUGCUGGUAACCUGGGAUCAGGUGGUGCUGCUGGUGCUUCUUCCCUUCUCUUUGUGUACUCUUUGGAUUAUGCUAGAACUCGUCUGGCAAAUGAUGCUAAGGCUGCAAAGAAGGGAGGUGAGAGGCAAUUCAAUGGUCUAGUUGAUGUCUACAAGAAGACCUUGGCAUCUGAUGGUAUUGCUGGGCUCUACCGUGGGUUCAACAUCUCCUGUGUUGGAAUCAUCGUUUACCGUGGUCUCUACUUUGGGAUGUACGACUCUCUGAAGCCAGUUCUCUUGGUUGGAGACCUCCAGCAGGAUAGUUUCUUCGCUAGCUUUGCUCUGGGUUGGCUAAUUACCAAUGGUGCUGGUCUUGCAUCCUACCCAAUUGAUACUGUGCGCAGAAGAAUGAUGAUGACAUCUGGUGAGGCUGUGAAGUACAGCAGUUCGCUGGCUGCGUUCAAGCAGAUUGUCAAGAACGAGGGAACCAAGUCUCUCUUCAAGGGUGCUGGUGCUAACAUCCUCCGUGCUGUUGCUGGCGCUGGUGUGCUUGCUGGUUACGACAAGUUGCAGCUGAUUGUUUUCGGCAAGAAGUACGGAUCUGGCGGUGCUUAAGUUCCUCUUACUGGCGUCUCAUUUUAGCCCUCUAGAUGUUGAUGAAAAUCUUUCACCUUCCGGGAGAAGUUAGUCUUUUCUGCAAACAGACGUUAUGAUUAUGCUUCUUCAAAUAAUUACAAAUUUUUUUUGAGAGGGGUGGGUGAUAAAUUCCCCCUGGACCUGCUUUCACUUCGGAAUUUUGGAUUGAGAAAGUUGUACCUUGAUAUAGUUUGUGGCCAUGGUGCCACUGUCGGAUAUUUCUAUUUUAUGUUCUUGAUUUUGAGCGAUAAUCUACACACGGUCCGUUAUCCUUUCUGUUGUGUGCAUGAUAAUUUAGGGCCAUCUGCUAUGGCAAACUAGUCUUGUGGUGGCAGCAUCUUGACCAGCUCUUUUUCUACAUGAUUGAUGUUGGGUUUAUGAUUUAUAGCUUCAGUAAAAUGAAGCCAAUUUGUAAGUCUCGUCUUGUUCAAG